CAGUGUUGGAGACUUUUCUACUUGCUCUUCCACCUCUACUUUCUCUUCUACUUGUUCCUGUAUUGCAUGGACAUUGCCCGUGAGGGUGUGACCAAGGGUGUUUGUUUGUUGCGGGGCGGCGCAUACCAAAAAGAAAAUCGCUCAAGGACUGGUGAUGGGGGGCAUUUGCGGCAUUUGUGGCACAUGGGGUCUUGUCAUUUAUUCCGUAGUAGAGAAUGUGGUGUCUACGAAGACCGACGUCAGCCUGAGCGGUGUGGUGUAGUCGUAGUAGACUAGGCAUCUGGGUGGGGGCAAGAGGGCAAUGAAGCUGCUAGGCCGUU